AUGACACUUCUAUCCUGCAUCUUUGGUGGAGCCCUUUUCGGCCUCGGUGCGCGGAUCGGCCAGCUCGCCAUCAAGAAGCGUAACAUAUAUGAAAACCUGGGUGGACAUGCCAUCUCCAUGAUCGUCUUCGGCUACGCAGGAUACUGGGCAUAUAGGUGGGACGAACGUGCAGCAGUUCUGCUGGCGGAGAAGCGGGCGCAGAUCGCGGAACGCAGGAGA